UGGUUAAUCUUUUUGAAAAAGUCGGUAUGAGAUUGGAGAAAAUUAGGGUUAAUUUUAAGAGGGGUUGUCUCUUAGAUGACUCAAAUUAUUAAGCCAUGGAGAAGUUGAGAGAAUGUUGUUGUUUUUCAUGUGAAGUUGGUGUUUUUACACUUAAAGUUGGUAUUUUUCAUGUAAAAUCCGUGUUUUUUCAUGUAAAGUUGGUAUUUUUCAUGUAAAAUUGGUAUUUUUUCAUGUGUAGUUGAAAGUUGUGUUAGUUCAUGUAAAAUUGUUUUUUUUUUUCAUGUAAAGUUGGUUUUUUUCAUGUAAAGUUGGCUUUUUUCAUGGACAGUUGGUGUUUUUUAUUGUAAAGUUGGUAUUUUCCAUUGUAAAUUGCAGUACAAGUGAUUGUUGGGUACAGAUUUUUUUUUUUUUUGAAAAAAUGUAAAUUGGAAAAAAUUAGGGUUAAUUGAGGAGGGUUUACCUCUUAGAUGACUCAAAUUAUUAAGCUAUUUUUUUUGAUGACAUGGGAACCCGAAGCCGCUACCCUUCGGGUGUGCACAGGGUAAACCCAGCUUCCGUGCAAUAGCUCGCAAACCACACAGAAGAGGUAACCCGCACUAGGCAAGCCCGGUGCGACGAGUUCGACUCAGAAGGCAAAUCCCCUACUGUCGUAGGCAGGGGGUUUCGAACCUGAGACCUCCAUUAUGAAAGCCUCAUGCUCAACCAACAGAGCCACCCUUGUGGGUGAUUAUUAAGUUAUUGAAACGGUGCCCUAAGCUUUUUAAUAGCAAAGGAAGUAUGCGGAGGGUCCGGUUAUGUGUCUGAUAUCUUUUGUAAGAUGAUUGAAAAGGCCUUGCAGGAAUUGGAUGAAGAAGGAGGAUCCAGUGAAGACUCAAUAUCGGAGGUUAUCAAGAAAGAAUAUGACAGUUUGCCAUGGGCUCAUACGACCCUGCUGAAACGUCAUCUACAGAUGAUGUCUGAAAAGGGAGAAGUCCUUAUGAUAGAUGGAGGACGGUUUUCGCUUCCUGGUGACAGCAAAAGCAUGAAUCAAAAGAGAAAAAGAAAGAGGAAGAGAAGGCUGGAUUGGGAAGUUAAACAAAAGAAGCUGCGGAAGAAGCAAAAGAAUGGGGGAAAGCGGGUGCAGCGCGAUGGUGGCGAAGUUGCUAAAGAACAGAAGAAGCUGGAUGAGCAACAAAACGAAGUCACUGUUGAUGUGAAACAGGGGCAAGAAAAUCAAGUACAUGGAGAAUAUUGGGAGUUGGUUGUGCAUCAUAAUGAACCAAGCACGGGUAAAGAAGAUGAACUGUUAAAUGCGCAGAAAAAUUCUGUAACUGGACAGAAAAUUCUUCCCAAAAGAGCUCAAAGGAUCAGAGUAGUGCUUAAACAGAAAGGGAAGCAAAAUUUUGAUGCUACAGAAGGAUCAAUGCCUGUUGAACCUCCCAGGUGUAUGAUGCCAGAAGGGAUUGAGCAACUAGAGGAUCCAAACCUGCAGCAACUGAAGUUUAGUGUCAGCAGAGUUGAGAAAACAGCUGACAUCAGUAACUUAUGUCCAAAAGAUAUUGUGGAAAACGAACAACCUGGAGUUAAGCUGCCUCAAAUUUUAAGUCCUGAAGCGCCUCCAGGUUUUGAGUUUAGGGCGGAGGAGGAUGCCACUGCAAAUAAAGCGCAUAACUCCUCGUCUGUAGGUUUGGACUCCCCGAAGGAAGACUGUGUUGUGGAUCAGAGUUCUGAGAGACCUACUGAGGACCAAGUACCUAGAGUGGAUGACUUGUCCGAUGCAUUAAAACAGGCUAAAGAGAAUCCAAAGCAGCAAAGACACACCGGUGAUGAAUCUGUGCCAUCAGAAGCUGUUUUGUCCUUGAACCCGAAUGAGCAGCAGACCUUAGAUACUGAAAGGUUAGAAGAGGAGUCUGUUGCUGAGGAUCUGUUAAAGACUAAGAAGCAGCAAAAGGAGCACCGUGGUGGGCAGCAAACAAAUAGGCCAACGCGGACUUUGACGAGGGCGCAAAGGAAAGGAACAGUAACUCCAAAUGCACCAAUUGAGAGCUCAUCAGAACCAGAGCAGCCGUCCAUUCCAAGAAAAAUGACAAGAUUUCAGCUACAAAAGAUCAAAAAUCAACCUGUUAAAUAAAAAAGAAGCACAAAUUAUUCAAAAUAAAAAUACUAAUUAAUUUCGAUAAUAAUAUAUAUGCAUUUGUACACACAAACUAUGUUGAAAUCCUCUUUCAUAUAUACUCACAAGAAAAGUCCCGUCUUCACUCUGA